AGGCUGCAGCGGGACCACAGCAGAGGCGCAGGUCUGGGGAGGCCCCGCCGCCCGCGCCGAGAUGUGGAAUCCCCUUCACGAAGCCGACUCGAGCUUUGCGGCUUGGCGCCGCCCGCGCUGGCUGUGCGUCGGGGCGCUGGCGCUGGCCGCCGGCCUCUUGAUCGUCGGCUUCCUCUUCGGAUGGUUUAUAAAAUCCUCCAGUGAACCUACUAAGAUUGUUCCACAGCCUAAUGUGAAGAAGGCAUUUUUGGAUGAAUUGAAAGCUGAGAACAUCAAGAGGUUCUUAUAUAAUUUUACACGGAUGCCACAUUUAGCAGGAACAGAACAAAACUUUCAGCUUGCAAAGCAAAUUGAAUCCCAGUGGAAAGAAUUUGGCCUGGAUUCUGUUGAGUUAGCCCAUUAUGAUGUUCUGUUGUCCUAUCCAAAUAAGACUCAUCCCAACUACAUCUCAAUAAUUGAUGAAGACGGAAUGAGAAUUCUAUUCAAUUCUGACACUAUUUACCUGGGGAUUGUGUCAGAUUCCAUAGAUUUUAACACAUCAUUAUUUGAACCACCUCCUCCAGGAUAUGAAAAUGUUUCAGACGUUGUGCCACCUUUUAAUGCCUUCUCCCCGCAGGGAAUGCCAGAGGGUGAUCUAGUGUAUGUUAACUAUGGCCGGAUUGAAGACUUCUUUAAACUAGAGAGGGACAUGAAAAUCAAUUGCUCUGGGAAGAUUGUGAUUGCCAGAUAUGGGAAAAUUUUCAGAGGAAAUAAGGUUAAAAAUGCCCAGCUGGCAGGGGCCAAAGGAGUCAUUCUGUACUCAGAUCCUGCUGAUUACUUUGCUCCUGGGGUGAAGUCCUAUCCAGAUGGUUGGAAUCUACCUGGUGGCGGUGUCCAGCGUGGAAAUAUCUUAAAUCUUAAUGGAGCAGGGGACCCUCUCACACCUGGUUACCCAGCAAAUGAAUAUGCUUACAGACGUGGAAUCACCGAGGCUGUUGGUCUUCCAAGUAUUCCUGUUCAUCCAGUUGGAUACUACGAUGCACAGAAGUUCCUGGAGAAAAUGGGUGGAUCAGCACCACCAGACAGCAGCUGGAAAGGAAGUCUCCAAGUGCCCUACAAUGUUGGCCCUGGCUUUAUUGGAAACUUUUCUACGCAAAAAGUCAAGAUGCACAUCCAUUCUAACAAUAAAGUAACCAGAAUAUACAAUGUGAUCGGAACUCUCAGAGGAGCAGUGGAACCAGACAGAUAUGUCAUUCUUGGAGGUCACCGUGACUCAUGGGUGUUUGGAGGCAUCGACCCUCAGAGUGGAGCAGCUGUUGUUCAUGAAAUUGUGAGGAGUUUUGGGACACUGAAAAAAGAAGGAUGGAGACCUAGAAGAACAAUUUUGUUUGCAAGCUGGGAUGCAGAAGAAUUUGGUCUUCUUGGCUCUACUGAGUGGGCAGAGGAGAAUUCCAGACUCCUUCAAGAGCGUGGUGUGGCCUAUAUUAAUGCUGAUUCUUCUAUAGAAGGAAACUAUACUCUACGAGUUGAUUGCUCCCCACUGAUGUACAGCUUGGUAUACAGCCUAACAAAGGAGCUCCAAAGCCCUGAUGAAGGCUUUGAAGGCAAAUCUCUUUAUGAGAGCUGGAAUGAAAAAAGUCCUUCCCCUGAGUUCAGUGGCAUGCCCAGGAUUAGCAAGUUGGGAUCUGGUAAUGAUUUUGAGGUGUUCUUCCAAAGACUUGGAAUUGCUUCAGGCAGAGCACGGUACACUAAAAACUGGGCAACAAACAAAUUCAGGAGCUAUCCACUGUAUCACAGUGUCUAUGAAACUUAUGAACUGGUGGAGAAGUUCUAUGAUCCAACUUUUAAGUAUCACCUCACUGUGGCCCAGGUUCGAGGAGGGAUGGUGUUUGAACUGGCCGAUUCCACAGUGCUCCCAUUUGACUGUCGAGAUUAUGCUACAGUUUUAAGAAAGUAUGCUGACAAAAUCUACAAUAUUUCAAUGAAACAUCCUCAAGAAAUGAAAAUGUACAGUGUGUCAUUUGAUUCACUUUUUUCUGCUGUGAAGAAUUUUACAGAAAUUGCUUCUAAGUUCAGUGAGAGACUCCAAGGCUUGGACAAAAACAACCCAAUAUUAUUGAGAAUUAUGAAUGAUCAAUUGAUGUUUUUGGAACGAGCAUUUAUUGAUCCUUUAGGAUUACCAGAUAGGCCUUUCUAUAGGCAUGUCAUCUACGCUCCAAGCAGCCACAACAAGUAUGCAGGGGAGUCGUUUCCAGGAAUUUAUGAUGCUCUGUUUGACAUCGAAAACAAAGAUGAUCCUUCCAAGGCCUGGGGAGAAGUGAAGAGACAGAUUGCUAUUGCAGCCUUUACAGUGCGGGCUGCAGCAGGGACCCUGAGACAAGUAGCCUAGGUGGUUCUUCAUAGAACCCAUGUUGAAUAGGUAGGUAUAUCACUAUGGUGUAUUGAUAAACUAAAACAUAAAACUAUGUAUAUGUAUAUGUAUAUGUAUAUAGACAUGCACA